UCUCUAUAGACAAUGAUCACAUCUAACAGAGAUGUAUCAUGGCGAAGAAAAUUUGUUUACGAUGAACUUAUAAUCGCUGAUAUGUCUCUCUCUAAAGAGAGAAUUCAGCUGAGAUGCGGUGAUGAGUGCUGCAAUAAGUUAUUACGAGCACCGAACCGUUAACCAUUCUUUUUGGGUGCUUUAGUGUAUGAUUUUAUAUGAAGCCUAUGUAAAUGAGUACUCCUGUCGGUAGUCUGUGUGUUCAUUCCAUGGCUCAGCCGCAAGCUCUCAUGGAACAUGUGAGCUUUACCUCUCAUUUAAAUGUGGAUAAACAUGAGGGGUUCGGGUCCUAGCAGCUUUAUAUAGCUAUCGCUUUGCGUAUUUACCCUGUCCAUGGAACCUAAUCAAGGGAUUGCAGGAGGCGAUAAUGGCCGUGAAGACAAAAUCCAAUUUUGGACAGCUGUUUACGAUUAUGAAGCUGUGGGAGACGACGAAUUAUCAUUACGUAGAGGAGAGCAAGUGGAAGUGUUGUCUAAAGAUUCCAAGAUAUCUGGUGAUGAAGGCUGGUGGACGGGUAAAAUUGGUGAUAAAGUUGGGAUUUUCCCUAGCAAUUUCGUGACUCAACAAGAUAUAAAUCGCUUAGAACAAGUAGGAAAUAAUAGUAGACCUUUUGAAAUCCCAUUUUCUGAGUUGGAGUUGGAAGAAGUGAUUGGUGUGGGAGGCUUUGGUAAAGUGUACAGAGGAUUUUGGAGAGGGGAGGAAGUCGCUGUGAAAGCUGCUAGGCAAGAUCCAGAUGAAGACAUAAGUGUAACAACUGAAAAUGUGAGGCAAGAAGCAAAAUUGUUUUGGUUGCUGAAUCAUCCAAAUAUUGUAACUUUGAAAGGCGUGUGUUUGGAAGAACCUAAUUUAUGCUUAGUGAUGGAAUACGCUCGUGGUGGACCAUUGAAUCGCGUACUGAGUGGUAGAAAAAUUCCUCCUGAUGUUCUUGUGAACUGGGCUAUACAGAUAGCUAGAGGAAUGAAUUAUCUUCAUUAUGAAGCACCUGUAUCAUUAAUCCACCGAGAUUUAAAGUCUAGCAACGUUUUGCUCAGUGAACCAUUGGAAAAUGGGGAUUUAAGAAAUAAGACUUUAAAAAUAACAGACUUUGGACUUGCCAGAGAAGUGUAUAAAACAACUAGAAUGUCUGCUGCUGGUACUUAUGCAUGGAUGGCUCCCGAGGUUAUUAAAUCAUCAACAUUUUCAAAAGCUAGUGAUGUAUGGAGUUAUGGUGUAUUGCUUUGGGAACUGCUGACCGGAGAAACACCUUACAAAGGCAUUGAUGCUUUGGCUGUGGCUUAUGGUGUAGCUGUAAAUAAACUGACGUUGCCAAUACCAUCAACUUGCCCUUCACCAUUUUCUUCUCUAAUGGAGGCAUGCUGGCAUCCUGAUCCACAUCAGAGGCCAACUUUUAUGCAAAUAUUACAUGAGCUGGAAGAAAUAUCUCGGUCACCAUUCAUGAAUACACCUCAAGAAUCUUUCCAUACUUUGCAAGAGGAUUGGAAGCAUGAGAUUGCAGAGAUGUUCCUUGAACUACGUUGCAGGGAAAAGGAACUGAGAUGUCGGGAAGAGGAACUGACAAAAGCUUUGCUGCAACAGAAAAUUCAAGAAGAAUUUUUGAGGAAAAGGGAACAAGAACUUGCUGAACGUGAAAUCGAUUUGCUUGAACGAGAAUUAAAUAUUAUGAUUCUCCAACAACAGCAAGGUAGGCCAACACCAAAAAAGAGGAAAGGAAAGUUUAAGAAGAGUCGUUUAAAGCUACUGAAAUCUGGAGGGCAAAUCAGUAUGCCAUGUGACUUUCGGCAUAAUAUCACGGUUCAGCCGUCCCCUACCAUGCGACCAGAAAUCGUAGGAUUACGUAUGCCCGCUAGUCCAGAGAGCCCCCCAGCAUCUCCCAAUCUACCUCGGCUUAGAGCUUAUGCAUUACCAGUUGAUGGAGUGAAGGGUAAAACUUGGGGACCUAGUACUGUUCAUCAGAAAGAACGCUGCCAUUCUCGUCGCUUAUUGAUAGAUGGAAAUAAGCGCUGGUCUAAAAGUGCUCCAAACUUGGAAAAAUCACAGAGAGGUGCUUAUUCUAGUGUACUGUCUAAUUUUGGAGCCUUGCCUGAAUGUGGUACAGAAGAAUGGCAGUUAGAAAGCUUGCCUUUGCCAAGACAUCAUACUCUUUAUAAUGGUGCCAGUGGAAGUGGCGAUAGCCUUAAAAGAACAAGCCAUAUUAUUAAUCUGGUCUUAUACAAUAUUGCUGCCAUAGCUGCUAGUGUAGCUGCUGGUUUUGAUAUAAGGCUUGCCACGCAGACCACAGUCCAUCCAAAGUUAACACCUGUUUGGUCGGAGGAUGAUGAUGAAGAGAAAAGAUGGUGGUAUAGAGAGCAAGGUUCUCCAUUAUGUCUUGGAUCUGAAUAUGAAUUCUCAUCUGCUUCAGGGUACCCGCAUAAUACAUACCAUGGUCCAACAAGGCAUUAUAGACCAGGUCUAAAUUUUGAUUUUGGGAUCCCCUUGCAUUUCACUGAUUCUCCCCAACAUAAUCCUAGCAUAAGCUCUGGUGGUUCUUACACACCACAUGCACAGAGUCCUUGUCGCAAAUCAUCCAAUGCUAGCAAUGAAAGUGAACAUGCUGCAACGAGUUCAAGUUCUGGAUUCGGACCUUCUCCAUUAGGUAUAUCAUCAGUAUUGGAACGCAUGUCAUAUGACUUCAACCGCCAAGAAGGAUACCACACACCCCCUCCGCAUUUUCCAGAUCAUUCCCGUCAUCCUGAAAUUUCUUAUCACUAUUAUCAAGAAUACAGAGGUGCUGGUGUGGAAUCCGUUUGCUACGUAGAGAAAGUUUAUGCCGAUCAGGCAAGGCCAGACGUUUAUCAUGUUGAACGUUUGUAUCCCGAGGUAUGUCAUCAAGAAAGUCUUCAUUCAUAUGAAAAUCCUAGUUCUCCUACUCCUUCAUCGACUGUUGGUCUAGUACAACCUCGUACGCCACAGCGAAUAAUAUACACUCAUAGACGAACUUCUUCUAAUGUUUCUGAUACUUCGAAUGCUUCCUCUAAUAUCAAUCCCAUGUUCCGAAUGGAAAAUAAUGAACAGGAAUCAGAAGUUCUCUCUCAUUCUUUACCGCCUUUAACAGUAGGGGCUUAUCAUGCUCCUUAUGUUACAGUGAUUACCUCUUUGCCCAACACACCUCGAAGGAAGAAUAGUCAGGAUAGUGCAAUGAUGGAUUCUUCUGGCAGCUAUCGCUCUUUGGCCUACGCCAAAAUAAAAUCUGGUCUAGACAAUAUUUCUUCUCCCACAAAAGGGUGCCUCAGUACCUCGUCGAAUAACGAUGGUACGCCUACGAAUGGAACACCUUUCAAUAGCUCUAGAAGUUCAUCUAAUGAAGAAAAUGGAAGUGCGUCUCGAGUUCGCUUCAGUAUAGAUGAAACUGAAGAGCCUAUUAUAAAAACUGUAAAUAAAGCUUCUGGAACAGACGAUCUCAAGAGCCUCCUAGACAUUCCAGCCGACGGACAAUCUCAAGACAGCACGGUUCCACUUUCAGAUACGAUCAAUAUCGAUGACCAUCGGCAGUCGUCUGUGAGGUAGUGAAAAAUUUUUGGCAACCUUAAUGCAAGUAAAUGUACAAUUUUCAGUAGAAUUAUAACUUUUCCUAAGAAAAUAAGAUAGUUUUUGUAAAAAUAUAUAUAUAUACAUAUACAUAAAUAUAUAAAUAAAUGAACCAUUGAAGUAAAAAGGAUAGUUCACAGGUAAAGACUGUUUUGCCAGUGAGAUGCUGGUUUCAGUCCAUGUAUUGGAGGGGGGGGAGGGGAAUAUGUACUUCCAUUGUGAACAACUUGAGAGUUUUUCUGUAAGAGUAGGUCACUGUAUUGACCCAAAUGUAAAGUGGCCUUGUUUAAAAUUUGAUCUUAAAUUUUUUAACUUAAUUGUGUAUGGAAAAAAAAAAAUCUGUGUAAGUAAGGCUGUAUCUUGCAUGACCUAGGUAUGUUAAGGGCAUUUUUAAAUAACCUGAACGUAAAUGUAUUUCCUUUCUUUCAUCAUUAUCUUUUUUUUUUUUUUUUUUUUUUUUUUUUAAUGUCCAGGUGCUUUGUUUAAUAGCCAAAUGUAUUUUCUUUGAAUAUGCAAUUUAGAGUGUAGAUGAUAAAUUAUUUUUAGUUUUUGUCAUCAUCCUUGUUUUCUUCUUCUAUACCUAUACAGAAAAAUUUUGCUCCGUGCAUUUAAUUAUAAUUAAAAAAAUUGUAACUACUUUGUUAUUUAUUUUCAGCUUUGGUGCUUACUUUAUAUGUUUUAUUUCUUGGCUAAGGAGAGGGGAUGUGAGUUUGAUAUUCAAAAGCACCCAUUUUUCGGAAAGGCAUGCUAAGAAAAAAGCAAUUUACAUUUGGGUCAGUCUUAAUGCAAUAUUUUAGUCUUCUUUACCUUACUAGUUCAUGCACCGAGUUUUUAAGUGUUUCAUAAGCAUAAUAUUCAGUUUUAUUUUAUUUGAAGACCAUUUUUGUUGGAUAACUGUUUUAUUAUUUCAAGUCUGAAUUAUUAAUUUUGAUAAAAAAAAAUUAGUAGCUUUGUGUGUU